UCAAUGGUUAAGUUAAAGUGGAACCGUCCGCUGCAGGAAGCUUCUAGCUUUACCCAAAGCCAGCUGGCGGAGUGGGGAAUUGAAAACCCGGGCCUGCCAGUUGUCCUACCCUAUUUGUUGUUCCUGCCCUGUCCACCCAACCGGCUGCCCUAGCAACGCAUUAGCAACGCACGGAAACUGCGAGUGAAAACAUUGGUAGCAUUGAACCCCGGAAAGCACCACACAAAAUUCUCCAUUCCUCAAUUGGGUCUUCUGGGAAACUGCUAGGUACCCGACCGAAUAAAGGAACUCGGGUGGACACAUCAUCAUGCGUUAUGACUUUAUCUGUAAAACAUACUUCUUAAUCCAUAACAGUCCAUAAUAAAUACCCUCUCUUUCCCUAGCAACCUUCCGGCAGCUAAGAAGUUUCAAAUUGAGGAACUGAUCACAAUUCAAGCGCACCCUUAGUCAGUGUGUAUAUUUACAUAUUCCGACUUCGCAACUCGCAACAAUGCCGAGGGCCAAGUCAAAAGAAAGGUCUUCGACCAGAAAAGUGACGCCGCCGUCACCUACCUAUAUGAACAACGAUCAGUUUGCCGCUUACCUAGCAAAUCUCCGAGAUAAUCGCGUCACUCGACCAGGAGGAGCACGUCCGCUACCACAACCGACCCUACCACGCCACGAUUCCACAGCUCGCCUUGCUACAGAACGAGUCACUGCCGGUCGCCCGUCUCUUGGAAGCACAUCUCUCUUAUCCGAAGCCUCUAGCAACCACAUGAGAGCACAAUCAGAUAGCCCCAGACCUCGUGGUAGCCGCCCAAGUUUCGCCCCUAGCAUAGUCUCUCGCGCGUCGAGGUAUUCUACGCUAACCUCCGCAACUGGGAGAGAUUACUACCCCGAGAACCCUGCCACUGCCCCUCCUCCACUUAAGCCUGGCGAGGUUGUCCCCAGUGCCACCUACAUGGAGCGCGGACAACGAUGGAUGGAAAAGGAAGAGGCCGUCUCGAUUCGCGAUGCAAUGGAUGUUAUGGAUGCUAUGGAGACUUUGAAACUCCAUGAACAGGACAAGGGAAAGCAACCAGCCGGCGAACAAGACGAUGAAGAAUCACGACUCUACAACGCUGCUCUAGACGAGGCCGCUGAAUUGGUUUGGCAGCAUCAACACGGUGUAAAGCCACCGGAGCCUGGUGCUCCGUACCGAUACAAGCCACACCUGCGAAAGGAUAGCUAUGCCCAUGCUCGUACCGCUAGCAGCGGACGAUAUGGCAGUGAGAUCGGCGCCACGGGCCUCGCAAGGGACUCUAUUCGAUCCUUCUCUGGAAGCUCCUCUAGUAGCGAAAGAGCACCCUCGCCAGAGAGUGCCCGCAAUAGUAUGGAUCAGCAGCGGACCUAUUCUAUGGGAUCGCAGAAGUCAAAGUCGUAUGGUUCGAUUGGUAGUGCUGCACGGUCAAGCUCUGGCGGCCGUCGCCUCAGCAGCCUGAAGCGCAACAUCAGCGGAGAGAUCGAGAAACCGUUCUCAGGCGAUCAAAUCUGGGAAGAACCAGAGAGUACGACACCAGAACGCAAUCCAAGGCAGCCUCGUCUGCCUGAAAAGACACAACCUCUGGGACUUAAGUCAAGAGGCGUUCCCAACAGAGUUCAGUUUGCUCCUACGCCUACUUCUGGUUCCGUUUCUCCUGAACCAUCGGAACCGGCCAAGCCCAUAUCCAGAUUUGAGAUUCAUAAGAAUCCUCCAUCGCAGUCUCGCAACCCUGCCUACACGACAAAUAGCCUUUCCAACUCGCCAAGAUCUUCUCAGGAGAGCAUCCCUAAGAAGAAUGGCAUGGAGAUCCGUAGUGAUGAUAUUAAGCAAGCCACAAGCAUGCGGCUCAAGGACCGCAGCGCAAAACUCCCCACUCCGUCGGCCGUCAGUGACAGCCCCGGACGUCCAAUCGUAAGCUUUGACAAAAACUGGAAGCCCCCGGAGAAAGAGGCGACUGAUUCAAAGUUAGAAGAGUCCAAGCCCAGCGCCAUCAGCCAACGCCGAGUCGGACCCUUCGGGGUCGUCGGAAAAGAGCGUGCGGGUUCACAAAGUCCGCAGCCGUCUGUCCCUGCUAUCGCAGUUACGGAGGCUGCUGAGGCCUCGAAGCCGUCCCCAGCUUCACGGCCUUCUACCCGCACGCCGUCCGUCCCAAGUAUUCAGGUAGAUGGGGCGGACGACGGCCCUAAGGUGCCGGUCAUUUCCGUCUCGGGCGAUGGUCCAGCUGUACCGAAAAUCAUGCUACCCGAUGAUGACAGUAGCAGCAGCAAGGCACCUGGCGUCCCGACUAUAGUUACUCCCGACGACAACCGAAAACCCUCAGCUAGACCGUUACCGGACCCCAAAGCGUCCAACAACGCCCGAGGACGCCCUCGAAGUCAUUGGUCCCCAGCCCCAGGAGUAGUUGGUCGUCGUGCGUCGGCGAUUUGCCACGAAUGCGGGCUCCCCAUCGAAGGCCGCUUUGUCGCUCUAGCCGGAAACUCAGAGCGGUUUCACCCGCAAUGUUUCCGGUGCUACGCGUGUGGAACGGCGCUCGAGGCGCUCGAGAUCAGCCCAGAGCCGGAUAACUUCCGGAACGAGCGGCUUGAUCGUAUCCGCCGCAGAGCUGCGGGCGAGAUCCUAGAUGAGGAACCGGGGCAGACGAUGGCGGAAGACGGAGACGAGCGAUUGCGAUUCUACUGCCACCUCGACUGGCACGAGUUGUUCGCACCACGGUGCAAGCACUGCAAGACCCCGAUUCUGGGUGAGCAUGUGGUAGCGCUAGGCGCGCACUGGCACUACGGACACUUCUUCUGCGCGGAGUGCGGCGACCCUUUCGAGCAAGGGGCGACGCACAUCGAGAAAGACGGGUAUGCGUGGUGCAUCAACUGCCAGACGAAACGGACGGAGCGUCGGGCGCCAAAGUGUAAGGGCUGCCGCACGGCGGUCAUCGGCCAGUACGUGAGAGCCCUCGGCGGCGAGUGGCACGAGGAGUGCUUCCGCUGCGCGACGUGCGGAGGAGGUUUCGACGACGGACAGAUCUUCCCGAUGAAGGAUCGCGGCGACAUGGUGGUGCUGUGCACCGCGUGCCGCUCCGCGGAACUCAAGAUGUGAUUACGACUUUACGAGAGUAUGAUGGACGGGUCCACGGAUUGAAUUGAAGAGUGCAAGUGCAAAUGAUGAUAAGACCCCAUGGAUUCAGAAUCAUACGACGUCUGCUGCUUCUGCUUCUGCUUUUGCUUUUCGGGAUUGAUUUUAAUGGGUUUGCGUUUGAGGACAAGGUCAAGGUCAAGGCUGAUAAGACAAAGUAAUGCUUCGGGGCGAGAAUGUCGGAUUUUGCUUUUUCACAAAUCGUUUGGUGGCGUUCGCGUUUAUGUGUUUCUUGUUCGGAGUUUGGCAAAGCAAGCAAAGCAAAAAUGAAGCAGACAAGCAGGCAGGCAAGCAUGGCAGGCAGAGCAAACAGUUCAGUUCGGAAUACAGAGAUUUGCGCGGUCUGAUGAUUUGAUCUAUUAC